ACGGGGCAAACUGCAAAGAGAAUCUGACUUUAUGUCUAGUGUGGACAGUAGCGGAUCUCCGGGCGUGGGAGUCUUCAUUUUGAAACCCCUGAAGUGGACAUUGUCUAGCGUAUUAGGUGACAGCAAAAUGCCGGAGGAAGAGGUCCUGAUUUACGUGGAGAUUCUUAAGGAGAAGGCUGAAGAAGUCUAUAAUCUCUACCAGAAUUCCACACUUUCAUCCCAUCCUAUUGUUGGUUUGUCUGAGCUGCGUUCCCUAUGCACCAGCAUCUGUCCAGAUGAGCGAACAUUUUGUCUGGUGCUGCUCCAAUUGCAGAAGGAGAAGAGGGUCACUGUCCUGGAACAGAAUGGUAAUAAGAUAAUGAAAUUCGCCCGAGGACUUCAUGCAAAAGUCUCCCCAAUGAAUGAUGUAGACAUUGGGGUUUAUCAGUUGAUGCAGAGUGAACAGUUGUUGUCACAGAAAGUGGAAUCUCUGACACAGGAAGCAGAGAGAUAUAAAGAGGGCGCUCGGAGUGCCUGCAAAGCUGGGAAGAAGCAGCAGGCCAUGAGAUCUUUGAAGUCCAGAAAAAGAGUAGAAAGGCGCAUUGCAGAGCUUCAUGCCAAGUUGGACGUGGUGCAAGGCAUCCUAGAUCGGAUAUAUGCCUCUCAGACAGAUCAAAUGGUAUUUAAUGCUUAUCAGGCUGGACUAGGAGCUCUGAAGUUGUCCAUGAAAGAUGUAACUGUGGAAAAGGCAGAGAGUCUCGUGGAUCAGAUUCAAGAGCUCUGCGAUACCCAGGAUGAAGUAGCUCAGACCUUAGCCGGGGUGGCAAUCAACGGCUCGGAAGCUGAUACAGAGGAACUUGAAAGAGAAUUGGACAAUCUUCUGUUGGACUCCCCAAAAAGACAGCCGUACCUGCCUUCUGUUCCACCAAAGCCACUGUCUCCAGCUUCCCUAGGACUUCCCAGCUUCACAGAUGCUGAGCUUGAAGCUGAGCUGGAGAAGCUCACUUAUUCAGAUGGUGAAUUGGCACAAAAGACUGACCGGAAGGCCUCUGACCGCCAAAGAGUUCUGGAGCUGCAUCUUUAAUGACUCAACACCCUCCUUUGUGCCAUGAAGUUGUCUUUAACUUUGCUGAUCAUAAUUCCGAAAAUAACUUGUUGGAACAUGAGUCUUAUUAGCUUCUUGCUAGACUGCACUUUUCUAUCAGGCAGGGAAUUCUGCCACGACAAUCCAAUCCUCUCCACAGAAAAUUGCUGUGUUGUCAUCCCCCCCCUCCCCCAGUGCCAAAUUACAGUGUCUCUGGUUGAUUUGCUCACCUCUAUUGCCACUCAAAGUUGCUCGUUGCCUGGCAAGUUGAUAUCUUGCUGAGCCUAACGCCGUCGUUCCACACAUCCUGAGGGUUUCUUUGCCACUUCACGGAACUCCACAUUGCGACAACUUGAAAAAGGCAAUAAAGUCACACUCUGUCUGGCAUCCCUGCUGUUUUGUGCAAUUGUGCAAAACCGUUUAGUGGAUGCACCAGGUAAGAUGCUGGCUUUGAUAGCAGUGUGUUUCACUAGGCAGCAAGUAAA